AUGGCUGCUCAGAGGGAGCUCUAUGACGCCAUUGUGAUCGGGGCAGGCAUCCAGGGCUGCUUCACGGCAUACCACCUGGCCAAACACAGCAAGAAAAUCCUCCUGCUGGAGCAGUUCUUUCUCCCGCACUCUCGAGGAAGCUCCCAUGGGCAGAGCCGGAUCAUCCGAAGGGCGUACCCAGAAGAUUUCUACACCCAGAUGAUGGCUGAGUGCUACUCCAUGUGGGCCCAGCUGGAGCAUGAGGCGGGAACCCAAUUAUACAGGCAGACUGGACUACUGCUGCUGGGAAUGAAGGAGAAUCCAGAAUUAAAGACAAUCCAGGCUACUUUGUCGAGGCAGGGAGUGGAGCACCAGUGUCUUUCAUCUGAGGAACUGAAGCAACGUUUCCCCAAUAUUCGGUUGGCCAGGGGAGAAGUGGGGCUCUUGGAGGUGUCCGGAGGAGUUCUCUAUGCCGACAAGGCGCUCAGAGCCCUCCAGGAUGCAAUUCGAAAGCUAGGUGGCAUAGUGCAUGAUGGAGAGAAGGCAGUGGAGAUAAAACCAGGGCUACCAGUCACGGUGAAAACUACCUCCAGGAGCUACCAAGCCAAGAGCUUGAUCAUCACGGCAGGUCCUUGGACCAACCGGCUCCUCCGUCCCUUGGGAGCUGAGCUACCUCUCCAGACCCUGCGGAUCAACGUGUGUUACUGGCAAGAGAAGGUUGCUGGAAGCUACAGUGUGUCCCAGGCCUUUCCAUGCUUCGUGGGCCUGGGCUUAAGCCUGGCUCCUCACCACAUCUACGGGCUGCCCUCCAGAGAGUAUCCAGGGCUGAUGAAGGUCUGCUAUCACCACGGCAACAAUGCAGAUCCCGAGGAGCGGGACUGCCCGGCAGCUUUCUCAAACAUCCAAGAUGUCCACAUCCUGAGUGGUUUUGUCAGAGAUCACUUACCUGACCUGCAGCCUGAGCCUGCUGUGAUGGAGCACUGCAUGUACACGAACACCCCCGAUGGGCACUUCGUUCUUGAUAGACACCCAAAGUACGACAACAUUGUCAUUGGUGCUGGAUUCUCUGGGCAUGGGUUCAAGUUGUCCCCUGUUGUGGGGAAGAUCUUGUACGAACUAAGCAUGAAAUUAACGCCAUCCUAUGACUUGACACCUUUUCGAAUCAGCCGCUUUCCUAGCCUGGGCAAAGCCCACCUUUGA